AUGUCAAGGAGUAGCAAUGUUGUGCAAGAUGAAAAGGCUGAAUCUAGAGUUGUUGCUUUGACCGCACAGAUUAUUGCAUGCAUCCCCGCAGAGGUGAAAACAGGUACAAAGUUUAGUGUGUCUGGCAAGAACACUGAUCGAAUAGCUGGUCUGGUGCAGCUGCCUUGCAAAUGUUCCAAGAGAACAUGCUUUCAGCAGUUCAAGGUCAAAGAGCUGAAGCCUUUGCUCAAUUUGUGGCAUAAUCUUGCGGACCCAUCCAAGAUUUCUCUUUUGACAGCGCUUUCACAUGAUCUUACUGAGUCCAACAGUGAGACUCCCGAGGCCAAUUCUGCUUUGGAGGAGGGCCGACGAAGAUACAGUUUGUGUGGUAAAGAUGUUUGCUUCAAAGCAUUCGCAGCAAUCUUAGGCCACAGUGAGCGGACCCUGCUGAAGUACAUCUCUGGUCAGCCUGACCUUAGAAGAAGCAACAGUGCUGUUACACCAAGGUCAAAAGAGCAGACCAUGUUCUGCCACAUGUUUUUUGCCGAGCUCUACCAGACUGCUGCAGAAGACUUGCCUGAGAAACCGGUUCUGGACAAGAACUGCUCUAUUGAUGAUCACAUAGCUUCAGCUGGUCAAGAGGAAGUUAGUGUCAACAGUGUGGAGUAUAGCAAGCACUUCGUUUGGAUGCUGGAGGCACCAGUCGCUGAAAUGAUGAGUGCAUUGCUCAAGUGCAGUGAGUCUGCGCACACCCGCACACUUCCUCCAGGUGAAAUUUCUGAUCUUUGGCAACAGUUCUUAGCUUGGUCUCACAACCAAGGAGAGGCCACAAGCUGCUUGAGUUCCGUAAGAAGUCACAACACAGUGAAUGUGAGUUUUGUGCAACGCAACGUGGCAAACUUCAUGACAGACGACUUACCAUGGAGGAGAAGCAACAAACUGCAGCAGCAUGGAGGCGUGCUCACCAUCAUAGCCGACUCCUUAGACAAGGGGAAAUGCGCAUAUCCAAAGUUCGAAUUCUCCAGAGUACCUGCUGAUUUGGACAAGUUGAACAGGAGACGUCCUUGGCAGUCCAUCAGUGAUCUGCAGAAAGUCCUGCAAGAUGCUCUCACUCAACGCAGUCAGCAUUUGAAAGAAAAAAUCAUGGUGAAAGAGCUGAAAACAGUGCGUGAUUGGUCAGCAUGGCUGGCACCAUUGGAUGUGAAGUUGUACAACACCUUCCGGGGGAGGAAACAAAAAAAUGAAGAUGACGAUCCAAGGAUCACUGGGCAUUCGUUUUCCUACAAGCGAUUGGGAGACUUGACCCAGAGGGAGCGUGGAAAGGUUCGUCUUCGAAGAGAUCAUGCCGAAGAUGAUGUUUACUGCAUUUUGAAGGCUCGGAUGCAUCAUGAUGCCAGUCAAGCUCAUGAUCCUGUCUUGGUUUUGCCAGCUGACAGGGUCAGUCAGUUGGGGCAGGCUUCAGAUCUCCACAAUAUCCCGCAGGUGGAACUUUCUGCAGACCGAGUCAAAAAGCUUGGGCUCCUUGUUGGAUUGUUGAAAAAGUACAACUACCCCAUUGGUGCUACAGCUCUUGAAGAGCUGGUCAAUCAGAAGGAUGAAGAUCUUGAAGCACCCUUGGUGACCUGGCUUGAUGAACCCGGUGUGGCUCGCAUGCACAACUUACACUUCGGAGGAAACCAGUACUGGCCACACUUGCCAGAGGUGUGCUUCCCUCUUCUUGCAAUGAUGAAGUGA